AAGGCAAUGCAGAGCUGCGCUUUGUCGCUCUGAUCGAGGGCUGUGCCAUCACAACACAGAAAUACAGAGAUGAUGGAGCGCUGAAUCUGGAUAUAUUAUCCCGUUAUCUUGAACUGUGAGAUCUAAGAGGAAAGAUGAAUUCUGCUGAAGCGGCGGAGGACGGACCCAAUGAUUCAGACACGGAUGCCUUCUUCAAAGCAGGGUCUUUCAGAAGUGAAGGAAUUAAAGCGUCUGAUGUCCUCCCUGUGCUGAGAGAAAAAGUAGCGUUUGUAUCAGGAGGUCGUGAUAAGAGAGGUGGCCCCAUCCUGACCUUUCCUGCCAGGAGUAACCAUGACCGAAUAAAACAGGAGGACCUGAGACGACUCGUAACGUAUCUGUCCACUGUGACCAGUGAGGACGUGUGUAAGAGGGGUUUCACUGUGAUCAUUGAUAUGCGUGGCUCUAAGUGGGACCUGAUAAAGCCGUUACUGAAGACCCUGCAGGAAGCGUUUUCAGCUGAGAUCUGCGUAGCUCUCAUCAUCAAACCCGACAACUUCUGGCAGAAACAGAAGACCAACUUUGGCAGUGCCAAGUUCACUUUUGAGACAAGCAUGGUAUCUGUGGAGGGGUUGACCAAACUUGUGGACCCAUCUCAGUUAACAGAUGACUUUGAGGGAUCUCUGGAAUAUAAUCAUGAGGAAUGGAUUGAGCUCCGUGUCGCUCUCGAGGAGUUCCUGGCCAGCGCCGUUCACCUUCUCUCCCGCCUGGAAGAUCUGCAGGAGAUGCUGGCUAAGAAAGAGUUCCCGGUGGACGUGGAGGGCUCUCGGAGACUCAUCGAUGAGCACACUCAGCUGAAGAAGAAGGUGAUGAAGGCUCCGGUGGAAGAGCUGGACCACGAGGGCCAGAGACUCUUGCAGUGUAUCCGCUCCAGUGAUGGCUUCUCAGGGAGGAACUGUAUUUCUGGAAGUGCCGACUUCCAGAGUGUGGUUCCGAAGAUCGCCAGUCUGCUGGAUAAACUCCACAGCACCAGACAGCACCUGCACCAGAUGUGGCACCUAAGAAAACUGAAGCUGGAUCAGUGUUUUCAGCUCCGAUUGUUUGAACAAGACGCAGAGAAGAUGUUUGACUGGAUCAGUCACAAUAAGGAAUUGUUUCUUCAGAGCCACACAGAGAUCGGCGUGAGCUACCAGCACGCUGUGGAGCUGCAGACUCAACACAACCACUUUGCCAUGAACUCCAUGAAUGCAUAUGUGAACAUAAACCGCAUCAUGUCGGUGGCGUCGCGGCUGUCGGAGGCGGGUCACUACGCGUCUCAGCAGAUCAAACAGGUCGGCACGCAGCUCGAUCAGGAGUGGAAGAGCUUCGCCGCCGCUCUCGAUGAACGCAGCACCAUCCUCGCCAUGUCUGCCGUCUUCCAUCAGAAAUCCGAGCAGUUUCUGUCUGGUGUGGAAGCGUGGUGUAAGAUGUGCAGUGAGGGCGGGCUGCCGUCAGAGAUGCAGGAUCUGGAAUUGGCCAUUCAUCACCAUCAGACGCUUUAUGAACAGGUCACUCAAGCUUAUACAGAGUCUGUCGUUCAACAGGUUAUUGACUGGAUAGAGAAUCAUGGAGAGGCUUUCCUCAGUAAACAUACAGGUGUGGGAAAAUCCCUGCACAGAGCCAGAGCCCUGCAGAAACGCCACGAUGACUUUGAGGAGGUGGCACAGAACACCUACACUAAUGCAGAUAAACUCCUGGAAGCGGCCGAGCAGUUGGCCCAGACGGGCGAGUGUGACCCCGAGGAGAUCUAUAAGGCAGCGCGACACCUGGAGGUCAGGAUCCAGGACUUCGUCAGGAGAGUGGAACAAAGAAAACUACUGCUGGACAUGUCCGUCUCCUUCCACACGCACACUAAAGAGUUGUGGACGUGGAUGGAGGACCUGCAGAAGGAGCUUCUGGAAGAAGUUUGCUCUGAUUCGGUGGAUUCAGUUCAGGAGCUGAUCAAACAGUUUCAGCAGCAGCAGACGGCCACGCUGGAGGCCACACUCAAUGUCAUUAAAGAGGGAGAAGACCUUAUGCAACAACUCAGAGAUUCAGCGAUGAGCAGUAAUAAGAUGCCUCACACCAGCUCUAUCGCUCACAUCGAGGGCGUCCUACAGCAGCUAGAGGAGGCCCAGGGCCACAUGGAGGAGCUAUUCCACGAGAGGAAGAUCAAACUCGACAUCUUCCUGCAACUGCGCAUCUUUGAGCAGUACACCAUUGAGGUAACGGCGGAGUUAGACGCGUGGAAUGAGGACCUGGUUCGUCAGGUAAACGAGUUCACCGCAGAAGAACCCAGUCUGGCUGAACAGAGACUCCAGCGGCACGCGGAGAGAAAACUGGCCAUGAACAACAUGACCUACGAGGUCAUGCAGCAGGGUCAAGACCUGCAUCAGUACAUCAUGGAGGUCCAAGCUUCAGGUAUUGAGUUGACCGGUGAGAAGGAGGUGGAUCUGGCCACUCAAGUUCAGGAACUGUUGGAGUUUCUUAAUGAGAAACAGCAUGAGCUGGACGUGAGCGCUGAACACACACAGAAACACCUGGAGCAGUGUGUGCAGCUGCGCCACCUACAGGCUGAGGUUAAACAGGUUCUGGGUUGGAUUCGUAAUGGUGAGUCUAUGUUGGAUGCCAGUAUGGUGAACGCAAGUUCACUGUCAGAGGCCGAACAACUACAGAGAGAACAUGAACAGUUCCAACUCGCGAUAGAGUCUUUGUUCCACGCCAACUCUCUUCAGAAGACCCAUCAGAGCGCUCUGCAGGUGCAGCAGAAGGCCGAGAUCGUGUUACAGGCCGGACACUUCGACCCUGAGGCCAUCCGCAGCUGUGCUGAGAAGGUGGCAGUACACUGGCAGCAGCUCAUGCUGAAAAUGGAGGACAGACUCAAGCUGGUCAACGCCUCCGUGGCCUUCUACAAGACAUCAGAACAGGUGUGCAGCGUGCUGGAGAGUCUGGAGCAGGAGUACCGCAGAGAUGAGGACUGGUGUGGAGCUCAUGAUAAACUGGGAUCUUCAGCAGAGAUGGAUCAUGUGCUGCCGCUCAUCAGCAAACACCUGGAGCAGAAAGAGGCUUUUCUCAAGGCAUGUACUCUGGCCAGGCGAAAUGCUGAGGUUUUUCUGAAAUACAUCCAUCGGAAUAAUGUCAGCGCUCAGGGAUCAUCCAGCAACCCCCGCGGCCCCGAGCAACAGGUCAAAGCCAUCCUGAAUGAACUGCUACAGAGAGAAAACAGAGUUCUGCAUUUCUGGACCAUGAAGAAGCGACGUCUGGAUCAGUGUCAGCAGUAUGUGGUGUUUGAACGCAGCGCCAAACAGGCGUUAGAGUGGAUCGAGGAGGCAGGAGAGGUGUAUCUCGCCUCUCACACGUCCCCUGGAGACUCAGUGGAGAAAACUCAGGAGCUGCUCAAAGAAUAUGAAGAAGUCCGCGUCUCUGCCAAGCAAACUAAAGAGAAAGUGAAGAUGUUGAUCCAGCUGGCAGAUAAUUUUGUGGAGAAGGGCCACACGCACGUCACCGAGCUGAAGAAGUGGGUGACGGCAGUGGACAAGCGCUACAGAGAUUUUUCCCUGCGCAUGGGCAAAUACCGCUGCAGUCUGGAGAACGCUCUGGGCAUCAGCUCUGAGGAUAAUAAGGAUCUGGAGCUGGAUAUCAUUCCAGCCAGUCUGACUGACCCAGAGGUCAAACUGCGUGACCCCAACCACGAGAUCAACGAGGAAAAGAGGAAAUCAGCCCGGAAGAAAGAGUUUAUUAUAGCAGAGCUGUUACAGACAGAAAAGGCUUAUGUGAGGGACUUGCAUGAAUGUCUAGAGACGUAUUUGUGGGAGAUGACCAAUGGUGUAGAGGAAAUCCCUCCAGGAAUCGCCAACAAAGAGCACAUCAUCUUUGGAAACAUCCAGGAGAUUUACGACUUCCAUAAUAAUAUAUUUCUGAAAGAGCUAAUCAAUUAUGAGCAGUUACCUGAGGAUGUGGGCCAUUGCUUUGUUACAUGGGCUGAUAAGUUUAAUAUUUAUGUGACGUACUGCAAAAACAAACCAGAUUCCAGUCAGCUCAUCCUAGAGCAUGCUGGGAGUUUUUUUGACGAGAUUCAGAAGAGACAUGGUCUGGCCAACUCUAUAUCAUCAUACCUCAUCAAACCUGUGCAGAGAAUCACCAAAUACCAGCUGCUGCUCAAGGAGCUGCUGUCCUGCUGUGAAGAAGGCAAAGGUGAAAUUAAAGACGGGCUGGAGGUCAUGCUGAGUGUCCCAAAGAGAGCCAAUGACGCCAUGCACGUCAGCAUGCUGGAGGGUUUUGAUGAGAAUCUGGAUGUUCAGGGUGAACUCAUCCUGCAGGACACCUUCCAGGUGUGGGACCCCAAAUCACUGAUCCGUAAGGGACGAGACCGCCACCUCUUCCUCUUCGAGAUCUCCCUCGUCUUCAGCAAAGAAAUCAAAGACUCGGGACGAUCCAAAUACAUGAAGUUGUUUACAACUUCUGAAUUGGGGGUGACAGAACAUGUGGAAGGAGACCCGUGUAAAUUUGCCCUGUGGGUGGGACGCACACCCUCAUCCGACAACAAGACUGUCCUCAAGGCGUCCAGUAUCGAGGUGAAGCAAGAAUGGAUUAAAAACAUCCGAGAGGUCAUCCAGGAGAGAAUCAUUCACCUGAAGGGGGCGCUGAAGGAACCAAUCCGCGUUCCCAAAACCCCAGCCAAACCCCGUAACAACAGCAAGAGGGAGGCUGGUGAGGAUGCUGACAGUCAGGGAGAUGGCAGCAGUCAGCCGGACACAAUCUCCAUCGCAUCCAGAACCUCUCAGAACACUGUGGACAGUGACAAG